AAUCACAUGGAAAUUGUGUCAAGACAUACAGAAGUAAAUAAUCUCUGUUAAUAAUUAAAUAAAGUAAAUAUUAUAUCUAAUAAUAUUAAAAAUGGAUAUUGUUAGUGAUAACAAUGAUAAAAUUAAUUUAGAAAAUUGCAAUAAUGUUUCUGUUGAAAAACAAAACAAUGAAUCAAUUGUAUCUAUAGACAUUGUUGACAAUAAAAUUGUAGAUAAAAAUUUGCUAAAUAAUUCAAAUGAUAAAUUAAAAACUGAACAAGCUAGUGAUAUUAUUAAAAAUUCAUCAAUAGAAUCAAGUGAUAGUCGAGUAAAAAAUGAUACUUUAAAUGUUGAUAAUGGUGAUGAUUUGUCUAACAAGAUUGAUGAUAAAAAUGAUAAUGUUGAUAGUGCUGAUAAAUUGAGUAAACGUCAGUUAAGAAAAAUAAGAAAAAGAGAAAAAUGGCUUGCAACUAAAACAGAUAAAAGACUAAAAGAACGUGCAAAAACAAAAGAAAAACGUGCAUUUAAACGAGCAAAUAAUAUUGAUCUUGGACCAUCUAGAAAAGCUCUUAAAAAAUGUACAAUGGCUGAUAGUGAUUGCAAAGUAACUGUAACAAUUGACAUGACAUUUGAUGAUUUAAUGAUUAGCAAAGAUGUUGCUAAACUUAUAAAACAAAUAUUAAGAUGUUACACAUUGAAUAGAAGAGCAUUAGCACCUUUACAAUUUUCAUUAACUGGUUUUACUGGUAAAUCAAAACAAGAAAUGGAAAAACAUAAUGGAUAUCAACACUGGGAUGUAAAAUUUUUCCCUGAAUCUUAUAUUAAAACUUAUGAGGGAAAAAAAAUUGUCUAUUUAACAAGUGAGUCAGAAAAUGUUAUUGAUACUUUGGAUCAAGAUUCUGUUUAUGUUAUUGGUGGAUUGGUGGAUCACAAUUAUCACAAGGGUAUUUGUUACAAAUUAGCUAAAGAAGCUGGUGUUGAACAUGCUCGACUUCCACUUGAUAAAUUUUUACGUAUGAAAGCACGUAAAGUUCUCACUAUUGAUCAUGUUUUUGAAAUAAUGCUGAGAAGGACUGAAGGUAAAACUUGGCAAGAAUCUUUUCUUCAAGUGUUACCAAUGAGAAAAAAUGCUGAACCUGUUGAGUCAUCUGAAUCUGAUGAAGCUGACGAUGAUGAUGAAGAUGAUGAAGAUGACAAAAUUAAUGAAAAUAAAACAGAUACAAUAGAAAAAAAUUUAAAACUAGUCGAAGAACAAAAUAAAUCUCUAAAUGUUGAUGAUUCUAAAUCAAAAAUAUCAACAAAUGACAAGCAAGAUUAAAUAAUAAAAUUUUUUACUCAUAAAUUAUUUUUUAAUCAUUUUAAUUUUAUUUUUAUCUAUAAAAAUUAUGUAUGCCUUGAUCUUGUUGAAAAAGUACAUUUUAAAAUUUUCAAUAUGUGUUUUACUGGCUUUUGUUUUUUAUUUUUUUUUAAUAGAAUUUUUGUUUGUAUAUAUAUAUUUAAAUGUAUAAAAAGUAAUUUUGAAAAUAUAAUAAUAAUAAUUAUUGUUAUUGUGAAA